AUGGACGACCCUGUGUUCAAGAAACCCUUUCUCCCGAUUAAGCGAGCUCCGAUUGUGUCGGUUGAGGCAUUGCUAGAUGAGCCGUUGCCAGUGGAAUUGCCGGUCAAGGUGUGGUUUUAUGUCAUUUGCCUAUCCACUGCUGAGAGGCUUUGUGGUCCCUAUAGGCUUAGGAGACUGCUUCUCAAUAGGUCCGCUGAUGAUCUUAUGUGUAAGGUCGCCGUUCCCGAGAUACAUCCACUGUCAGAUGCCUUUAUGGAAGCCACUGAGCCGAAGGUACCUUCAGCAUCGUCUUCUCCGAAUUUGUCAGAGCUAUCAGCUACGUCACAUGUUUGGACACAACCGGCCUCGCCUGUAGGCCAAGCAUCGAUGGCCCUGGAUGGACGGCUCGAAGCAAGCCCAAACACAGUGUCAAAUAUGCUUGGACAACUGCGUGAUGGAGAACUCCUUCCGCGGGAAACGAUUCAACUAGCUGCUGUGGAUACCUUUUCUAUAGCUAAGGGCCAAAAUUCAAAACGCAAGAGAGACGAAGAAAGCCUCAAUGACGAUAGUUCUAAUGAUGAAAGGCCUUUGAAACUCUCAAGGUCUAGUGACGAAGAUACCCCGAGCCUCCAGCCAUCCUCGCCGAACAACUCUGAAAAAUACAAACCUCAACUCAUUUAUCUCCCCGCCGAGAUACACAGGGGAAUUAUCGACAAGCUUGAUUUGUUAGACAUAAUCCACCUUGGCCUUACAUCACGGUAUUUUCUUAGGCUGCUCGCAAACCACCUCAGGUUGAUUACUACUAGAAACUUGGGGAAAUGGGCGGGAGAGAGUAUUUUAUGCCUUGGAGACGUGAUUGAACAAGAUGACUUUCCUCCAGCCGUGUUCAAGGACCCUCAUCUUCAAUAUAUCUUUGCCCCCGAGCUAGACAAACUCAUCGACACUGAGCACCCGACUCUGCUCGAGUAUUUACGUGAAUGCGGCCCUGUUUUCCCUCUUUCUGUUCCUUCUCCGUUAGAUUGCGGGUUUCUUCAUUCGGAAGGGUUCAACGAUGAGUUUUACACACUGCCAGUUACCGUUAUAAGUGAAAUGAUUGAUCUACUCUGCCCAUCCCCAAGUGACUUUUAUCCAACAGAUGCCCACUGGGUGCUCAGAAACCUCACAACCAAAGAGUAUGCCCUACUAGACGAGCCAUAUGGACAACGCCACCAGAAAGCCUGUUUUGGCCUUGGAGAUCUGAUUCUCCUGCGGACAUGUUGGUCCAGCAAACCUCCAGCGGGACUUCAAGUCGACGACAAGAAACCGAUACACCGAGGUAUAUGGGCCGGCCACCGCUUCGAAAUUGUACAAUUGUAUAACCAUAAUCGAGAAAUGAUAUCAGAGAGUAGGGAUAACGAGCGGCGGCGCAGACUAGGUGUCCCAAUCGAGAAAACCUGGAAGGACGCCACUGCUAGUUUAUUGAAUGAGCUAUCUGGGCUAUGGGCUCGUGAGUGUGGUCGCUAUUGGGAAGCACUUACGUGGCACCGGCCUGUGAGGUGA